AUGUGGGAACCUGGUAUGACAAAGCCAGACAUGGAGCUAGGUACCAAUUGGGAUGAUGAUGUGGUGAUGGAGGAUAAGAUUUACAUGAGAAAUUGGAAGAAUAGCUUUGUUUUUGGACCUAAGGAAAGUAAAUGGGAAUUGGACCACGUGCUGAAUUCUAGGAGAUGGGUGGGUGCGUGUGUCGUGGACAACGUAUUGUACUAUUUCGAUGUUAACAGAAACCAGUUAAGGGCGUAUGAUCCAAAACAUAGGCGUUGGACAGUGGUGAACGGUUUGGAAAAAUUGUUGCUGAAGACGACCGGUUCGUGUUGGUCGAAAACGGUGAGAUACGGUGGCAAAAUGGUUCUAUUCUUUUAUAAAUUGAGGUCAAUGGGCAUUUGGUGUGCGGAGAUUGCUUUGGAAACACGCCAAGGAGGAGAGAUUUCCGGUAAGAGAUUUCAAGGUGCAGUGGUGUGA